AUGAGACAACAGGUUCAUCAAAAUAGGAGAAGUAAAACUCUACCCGAAAGUCGACUACCGAAACUGAAUAAAUUAACGGUAGAGUUACCAGAUGCUCAUAGACCAAAAACCUUUCCAAUUGAAGAUAUAACUCAUGUUUCUGACAGUGAAGAAGAAAUAACAAUUUACAACCAUUUACCACAACUACAACAACAUCAACAAACACAAACAUCAGAUUGUCAUAAUUAUAAUCAACAAGAAAGUAUAAGUCAACUAAGUAAUGGAAACUUUCAUUGUGUGGAUUUUGCAACAGCUGAAAAUGAUUUGAUAUCAACUCAAUUACAACAACAAACUCAAGAAAUUUAUGAUAGUCAUCCAAAAAUACCAGAAGAUAUAAUUAUAAUUGAUGAUGAAUCAACAAAAGAUGAGAGUUUAGAAAUUGUUAUGGAUCAACCAAUAAAAUCAAGAUCAAGUACUUAUUCAUCUGCAAAUCAAUUAAUUCAAGAUAGUAGUUUAAAAACAGAAAGUUUAGAUAAAACUGAUAUUUUAAAAAAUGUUAUUAUACCUGAUUUAAAACAAUUUAAAGAAUCUGAAAUAAUUGAUUGUUCAUCACCUUUGUUCAAAGAAGAAAAUGUAAAACAGGUGACUUUGAAAGAAGAAAAAGUAAGACCAGUGCAGAAUAUGAAACAUGAAUUUGAUGAAUUGAUUCAAAGAAAAAUUCAAAAAAUUCUGGCUGUAGAUCAAAAGAUAAGUCUAAAAAGAAAAAUAAGUUAUGAUUAUGAUGAACAAUAUGGAAAUGUUAAAACUGAACCGGAAUUAAUUGGUGAUUUACCUAUUUUGAAUUUUAAAUCUGAUCCACAAGAAACAUAUAAGGGUAGUCUUGAUAUAAAUCAAUAUGAAAAAUCAUUUUCACUGAUUGAAGAAAAUUUAAUUACAAGUUUGGAAUCUAAUAAAGAUUUACCGACACCAACAACAAUAGAAAUUAGUUCAAAAAUUAGAGUUGAACAAGAAUCUCCCACCAAAGACAAAGAAUUAAAAAAUAAUCAAAAUAAAUUUAUUAUAAAACUUAAUUAUCAAUCUGAUACAAUUAGUUCAAAUGAUUCUGAAUUUUAUAAUUCUAAAAAUCCAUCAAUUGCAUCUCAAUCAACUACAAUUUCAAAUAAUGAUGAUAUUGAAUUUGAAAAAAAUCAAAAACAAAAAUUGGUCAAAGAAGCGGGAACAGCUACACCAACUAAUCAAUCUUCAAUAAAAACUAAUCAAAAUAAACCUUCAGCUUCAACAAAUGAUAAAAUAACUAAAGAAAAGGAAACUAAUGCUCAACCCAAUCAAAUUAAAUCCAACCAAAAUGAAAGUUCAUCCAUAAUUAAUUCAAAUAAUAAAGAAAAUAAAAAUUUACAAAAAAAUUCAUUAAAAAGAAUAAGAGUUAAAUCAAAACCAUUAUCUGAAAUUGUAAAUAAUACAAGUAAUAAUUUUAAAAAAUCAAGAAUUGGAUUAUCUAAAAAAUCAAAAAUUGAUCAUUUACAUGAUAAUAUUAAAAGAUGA